AAGAGUCACGCCUCCUCUCUCCUGACGUUUUGUCGAUAACCAUACGCAGGGGAUCGCAUUGCGGUCUCGCCUUUUGAUGAUUUUCGAAAUAUUCGACAAGUAUUUUGUUUUCCUUUCAGUUUUUGUGAUUAUCCAGCUGCUAUUCAUUCUUUGAAUCCUGAAGCGCGCGCGAAAUGAUCGGCGGCGAGGAGGGCUGCGUCGGCGACUCGAGCGAGACGGUGAUUUUGGCCACGGGUGGCUACGACCACACCAUCAAAUUGUGGCAAGCACACACUGGCAACUGCCAGAGGACUCUCCAAAAUCCAGAAUCUCAAGUCAAUGCACUUGAAAUAACUCCAGACCGACAGCGCAUUGCGGCAGCAGGCUACCAGCACGUCCGCAUUUACGAUAUAAACGGCUCGAUCAACACCGCAGCCGUGAACUGCGAAGGCCUAACCAAAAACGUAACGUCUGUCGGCUUUCAAGAAGAUGGCAAGUGGAUGUACACCGGCGGCGAAGACUGCAGUGCCCGCAUUUGGGAUCUGCGCAAAGGCUCCAUGCAGUGCCAGAGAAUAUUCCAAGUUUCGGCGCCGGUCAACUGCGUCUGCCUGCACCCGAACCAGGCUGAACUGAUCGUUGGCGACCAGAGCGGCAUUAUCCACAUAUGGGACCUGAAAACUGACCACAAUGAGCAGCUGAUCCCCGAGACGGAUGCUGCAAUUUUAUCAAUGGCCGUGGACCCACUUGGAUCAUUCCUGGCAGCAGUGAACAACAAGGGUCGCUGCUUCAUUUGGGAACUGGGCGGUGGCACGACCGAAGAGCCGACGCGUCUCAUCCCCAAACACAAACUGGAGGCCCACAAACGACACGCCCUCAAGUGCCGAUUCAGUCCGGACUCUCAGAUGCUAGUCACUACCUCUGCAGACCAAACGGCGAAGAUUUGGGGGACGGAAAAGUUCGAAAAUCCGCAGGAGCUUACCUGCGAUGCCCAGCGCUGGGUCUGGGACGCUGCCUUUAGUUUGGACUCGCAAUACGUCGUCACAGCUUCCUCGGACGGCGUGGCUCGGCUGUGGGACGUGGCUGAGGGAUCAAUUAAGAGGGAGUACACUGGCCACCAAAAGGCUAUCACCGCCUUAGCUUUGGAGGACGUCGCCAGGGAUUAAAACAUAUUUGAACUCUUGAUAAUGUGCACUCACUCACUCACUCACAGCUUCAUUGCAACAACGAUUUCAGCAUUGGACGUGACUGAAAUUCGGUUUACAAACCUUCGACGAUCAUAUCAAUGUGAAAAUCGCAUUCUGCAACAUGCCCAAUUGAAUGAUAACGUCUGACAGCUUAAUUUCGGAGCUUUGCACUGUCAGGAGGCGACGUGCUCAACUGUUUUUCACUUUCUUUGAAUGCUUCUACUUCCGAGACAUAUGUUACGAUUAACCACGACACCAAUAGAACCAAAAUAAGAAUUCGCCUUUGACAAAAGAACCAGUUCUGAUUCACAUAUAUUAGAUACAUAGCUUAGUAAAAUUCCUUGAGAACGUUGAACAUUUAGAUAAUUUUAACGUAUUUGAUCUAGAUUACACACUACUUAGCCUUACUUAAAAAAAUAGUAACAAUAGAACAUGCAUUUCUCGAGAAAAAUGGACCACCUUAACUUCUUCAAAAAUCAAGUUUCCCUUAAAUAUCAAGAAUUUGAAAAACAAAAGAAUGUUGCUUGCCUAAUAUAUAAUGACAACCCUGAAAUGAAAAUUGAAUAUUAAAGACUUGCUGCUGUUAUCCUUCAGAUUAAGUUUCAACUUCAAUUAUUCCGCUUUUCAUUUACCCAAUCACAGUUUCUGCAAAAUCCAGGGUUCCGAAAACCCGGGUUUUUUAAUUUUGCGCAACCCACUUGGGUUUUAGCGAUUUUCCAGAUUCACUGAAUUUUUUAAGAAACAUCCCCCAUUCCCCAGGGCUUGCCAAUUUCGCAAUGCGCUAAACUUCGGCAUUAUUUUUUGUAAAAAAAACACCCUUUUUGGGUUUUUCUUAAUUUUUUUUUAAUUUUUAUAAACAAUUUAUUGUUUUUUCGCCUGGGAAAAACUGAAAAAACCCAGGUCGGUUUAAAACGGGUGAGCAUAAUUCUGAACCCUGAUUAAAUAAUUUCAUUUGCAUGAGCAGACCUGGAUGAAAACAUCAUCAUUCACAGCUUUAUUGGAGCCAAGGAGCAAUAGUUGUAUAAUUGUAAAAGUUGAUGAGGCGAAUGAUUCCUAUAUUGCCUUUAAUAAAACCUUAGCACUGAAGUCUUCGCAAACUUAAAAUAAAAUUGUUGUUCAAUUUA